AUGCUGUUGCGCCAUAUCCGCCUAUUGCAUAUUCCUCGGUUCCGCCUUGCCCAGAUGGCCGCUCGCCUUUCCAGCUCACAUACAGGAGACGGAAACGGAAAUGGAUCCGGGAAUAGGAUCAGGAAUGGGCAUACCGCAGGUGUGUCGUUAGAUGAUAUCCCAAAAUCCAGUAACUUCACCUCAAAGCUGCCUCCGGAUCCCGCCUUUGAAACCCCGGAAUCCUCCCACAAUGCCCCGCGCGAGGCCUUGGGACCCCGCCUUGUUAAAGGAGCUUUAUUCACCUAUGUCCGCCCCGAAACAACGGAUCAACCAGAGCUUCUAAGUGUUAGUCCGCGGGCGCUAAGGGAUCUGGGUCUCAAGGAAGGCGAGGAGAAGUCUGCACAGUUCCGCGACAUUGUAUCGGGUAAUAAAAUAUUUUGGACUCAGGAGAAUGGCGGGAUAUAUCCGUGGGCACAGUGUUACGGGGGCUGGCAAUUUGGUUCAUGGGCCGGACAGUUGGGAGACGGGCGCGCAAUCAGCCUCUUCGAAUCUACGAAUCCGGUAACUAAAAUUCGAUAUGAGGUUCAGAUAAAAGGGGCUGGCAGAACUCCUUAUUCUAGAUUCGCAGAUGGGAAAGCGGUCCUCCGUUCGAGCAUCAGGGAGUAUAUUGUUUCAGAAGCUUUGAAUGCGUUGGGCAUCCCCACAACCCGUGCUCUUUCACUUGUGCUUUUACCCAAUUCUAAAGUGAUAAGAGAACGGCUAGAACCUGGUGCGAUUGUGACACGUUUUGCAGAAUCUUGGAUAAGGAUCGGAACAUUCGACCUUCUUCGGUCUCGUGGAGAUCGAAACCUCACCAGGAAGCUUGCAACCUAUGCCGCUGAAGAUGUUCUUCCUGGUUGGGAAUCACUCCCAGCGGCUUUGUCUCUACCAGCGACACUUGGUCAAGAUCCACCAUCCGUCGACACUCCUCUGAGGGGAGUACCGAAAGACGCAAUACAAGGAGGCGAAGGUGUUGAGGAGAACCGCUUUACGCGCCUCUAUCGAGAAAUAGUACGACGUAAUGCAAAGACCGUUGCCGCAUGGCAGGCCUAUGGCUUUAUGAAUGGUGUCUUAAACACGGACAAUACAUCUAUUAUCGGGCUGUCUCUCGACUACGGACCAUUCGCUUUUAUGGAUAACUUUGACCCCCAGUAUACCCCGAAUCAUGACGACCAGCUCCUUCGAUAUUCAUAUAAGAACCAACCCAGUGUAAUUUGGUGGAACCUGGUGCGACUUGGGGAGUCCCUGGGUGAGCUAAUGGGUGCUGGAGACCAGGUGGAUGACGAGGCUUUCGUUACGAAGGGAGUUACGGAGGAAUUUGGCAAGACCCUUGUGCAAAGAGCGGAGAAGCUCAUAGGCAACAUUUGCGAAGAAUAUAAAACCGUAUUUAUGAACGAAUACAAACGACUCAUGUCAGCACGUUUGGGGUUGAAAACUCGCAAAGAAUCUGAUUUUGAGGUGUUAUUUUCGGAACUGCUUGACACCCUCGAGGCUCUCGAGCUUGAUUUCAACCACUUUUUCAGACAUUUGUCUGGUAUUUCUCUUGCUGAUAUCGAAACUGAUGAGCAGAGAAAGGCUAUCGCCAGUAUCUUUUUCCAUAAAGAAGGGGUUGGCGGUAUAGGGAAUACUGAAGAGUCGGCCAGGGAGCGUAUCUCUAAAUGGCUUUCUUCGUGGAGAGAACGUAUCGCUGAAGAUUGGGCUGCUGUAACGGAUGAAAAGAGGCAGAAGGCCAUGAAGGCUGCUAACCCAAAGUUCCUCCCACGUUCCUGGGUUCUUGAAGAGGUGAUUCAGCGUGUCGAGAACAAGGGUGAUCGAAAAAUUCUCGACCGCGUCAUGCAUAUGGCCCUCAAUCCGUUCCAGGAUGGGUGGGACUUGAAUAAGGAUGAGGAAGAGCGAUUCUGCGGAGAUGUUCCACGGCACCAGCGAGCGACAAUGUGUAGUUGCAGUUCAUAA